AUGAGGUGGAAAACUGUUUCAGCCAUCUUCUUCUUGGUGGUGCUUUACCUCAUUAUCGGGGCAACGGUAUUCAAAGCACUGGAGCAGCCCCAGGAGACAAAGCAGAAGUUCACCAUUCUUGAGCAAAAAAUGAUUUUCUUACCACACACCUGCGUGAACUCUUCUCAGCUGGAGGAUUUGGUCAAGCAAGUGGUUUCAGCGGUCCGAGCUGGUGUGAACCCUACAGGAAAUGCACCCAACCAGACGAGCCUCUGGGACAUCACCUCUUCCUUUUUCUUUGCUGGGACUGUUAUCACCACCAUCGGGUUCGGGAACAUCUCUCCUCACACAGAAGGAGGCCGGAUCUUCUGCAUAAUCUACGCUCUGCUCGGAAUCCCCCUGUUUGGGUUCUUAUUGGCCGGUGUUGGGGACCAGCUGGGGACCAUUUUUGGGAAAGGCAUCGCCAAAGUUGAGAAGAUGAUUGUGAAGUGGAAAGUCAGCCAAACAAAGAUCCGCGUCUUCUCCACUCUGCUCUUCAUCCUGUUCGGGUGCCUCAUCUUCGUGGCCCUGCCAGCUGUCAUCUUCAAGCACAUCGAGGGCUGGAGCACGCUGGAUUCCAUCUACUUUGUGGUCAUUACUCUCACCACCAUCGGCUUUGGAGACUUUGUCGCCGGGGAAAAAGCUGGGUCAGAGAGUCCAAACUACCUGGACUUUUACAAGCCAGUUGUGUGGUUCUGGAUCCUGGUGGGCUUGGCGUACUUUGCCGCUGUGCUCAGUAUGAUCGGAGACUGGUUCCGGGUCAUCUCAAAGAAGACUAAAGAGGAGGUUGGGGAGUUUCGCGCUCACGCGGCCGAGUGGACAGCAAAUGUCUCGGCCGAGUUCAAAGAGACCCGGCGGCGACUAAGCGUUGACAUCUAUGACAAGUUCCAGCGUGCUGCAUCCAUCAAGCGAAAGCUGUCGUCCGAGCUGGGCAUUAACACGUCCAUCAAUCAAGAAAUGACCCCUGGCAAGAGGACGCUGUCGGCCAACUUGUGCGAGGACAGAGAAGCUUACACCAGCCUGACCCUCUCUCUCAGUCCUGUCACGGGGGCUCUGUCCAGAAACGGCAGCCUUUACCUGAAUGGCCUCAGCCCGGACUAUGCUGACCGGCGGGAGAUCGCUAUCAUUGAAAAUUUUAAAUGAGGAGCCUUGACGUGAGAUUAUUUAAUCUGAUAGCAGACAGAGAUUACAAACACACAAACACUGUUGUGCUUUUGCGAGGAGAAUCUGUGAUAAGGUAGCCAUGAGCAGCAAUUAGGAGGAUUGUGCUCAUGUCAUUGAUUGAAAACUGAGAGUGGCUCGGAUGUGGAUCAAUCAUCAAGCUCUGUCUUUUAAUGGAAGUGUUUCUUGCAUGGCUUCUUGAGUGAUGGCUCUGCGGUUUUUUUUUAAUUCAGCAGAGGAGUUCUUUACAUUAUGUCAACGGCAUCAUGAUGGAUGGCUUUGCUUGUGAUUGAGCCAAAUCAGAAGUCUGAAACAUAUGAUUGUAUCAGAGAGGACCGUGUUAAAAAAGAAAACUUCUCUUCAAAAAUGAAAGCCCAUAUUGAGGUUUUAACACAGUGGACAUCUUUUUCCCACAAACCCACGGACAAUACUGCAAACACAGAGAAAUAAAUGCAUUCAUCAAACUUAGAAAGCAAUAGAUGUGUCUGUGCUCAUCUCUUGUUGAAUCUGAGGCCCUGAAAUCUGCAUCAGAUAAAGAGGAUCCUCGCAGUUAAAAACUCUCCAUAAUCAACAGUGAACCCGUCAUAAUAACCAGACAGCAGUUCUGUGCUAACACAAAUGAAUGUGGCUUUUACUUUGUGUUUACACUUCUCCCUGUGUGAAUUUAUAUGCCUUGUAUUCGCCUGUCAGUCUGCCCUCACUAAAGAGACGAAUGUUGACAUUUUUGUUCCUCCAUGAUUGACUUUCAGCUUUUCACCCUAAGGAAUAAUCCACUUGUGCCUUACUGGAAACCAUGCUGAACAUGUGUGGAUGGUGAUGCAUGAAAGACUAGGCAACGCUUUGUCUGUCCACUCAUAUUUGUUAUAUACAAGCACAGUACCACAAAGGACGAGGCAUCUCUGAAAAUACAGGAAUGGGAGACGGGGACGUUUUUAUUUAAGUAAUUCGAAGAGUGUGCAUGGCAACAGAGUGCAGAGAAUGUUUUUUUGAAAAUGUUGUCUUUCUGCCUGCCAGUGAAUCCAUUAAGUACCAGUCUUUAUGUGCUGAGAUAUUUACAUAAACCACACAGUGCCAGGCUCCACCAUCACACCCUGUUCUCCCCCCCAUACCAAAGUGAUUUCUCAUUUCUGACGGACAAAACAGAGAGGUCCUGAGUCUGAUCAAAGGAUCAUGAUGCUUUCUGUUGUUCUGAAUCUAAUUCUGCUGGUUUCUAAAAAUAAAACCCACUGUCACAUUUUUCAUGAGAGUGUAGCGUAGGGCUUGAUGUGCCAUCACUUUUUUUUUUCUUUUGAUCUAAUUCACAUAAAUUUAGGCAUGUCAGGUUCUGCAGUGAUGAAAGCUAUGGGGCUGUGAAGCAUAUAGACCUGUGUGUACCUUAAUGAUUUUCAUGAUGUUGCAGCUCUCAUCAUUACCGUCAGAUAUAAAAUUUGUGAAUUUCUACAGCCUAUGAUGAUAAACAGUCAGUGUUCUUUUUAUUUUUUGCCAAUACUGAAUGUACACCAUCAGUAACCUCUAUUUACUGUGAAUCACCGCUGUGACUGAAUUAUCCCGCCUUUUAGAAAUCUGAGAUACAUCAUUAAGUUGACUGAUGCUCAUAGAAGUGGUAUGAAUGUCAUUGUGGCACAAUAAAUAUCUCACUUUAAUUCUUGAUACUGAAUACACAUUUUGAGUUAA